AUUCACUUGUCCGUAGAAGGGCAAAAGCAAAAAAAAACACGACGGCAAAACAAUGUCACUGCGAAACGGUGGCCACGUUCGCUGGGCAUUUGACCUCGCUGGCUGGCGACCUAGUUUGGCGGAUCUGCUGCUCGUGACGUCCUGCAUCCAGCCCGAGGAAAAGAACCGUCUGCAGCGGUUCGUGUUUCGGGAUGACUUCAAUGCGUCCUGCAUCGGACGGCUGAUGAUGCGUCGGUUCGUGCAUUUGGCCACCGAUCUGGCGUACGACGAGAUCGAGUUUGACCGCGACGCCAAGGGGAAACCAUUCCUAAAGAACGAGGGCGUGGCGGUGGAUUUCAACGUUUCACACCAGGGCCGAUAUGCGGUGCUAGCGGGCAUGGUGACUCCCAGGAUCGGUGGCGAUGUAACCGGCGACCUCCCAAGGCCUAAGAUUGGCAUCGACGUGAUGAAGCUGGAGUACAGUGGAGGCAAAUCGUUGGACGAGUUUUUCCGCCUGAUGACGCGCAAUUUCUCCGACGACGAGUGGCGAUACAUCCGUAGCCGGGCUGAUGACGAUGCGAAGCUGCAAGCGUUCAUGCGCAACUGGUGUCUGAAGGAGAGCUACGUGAAAAACGUCGGCGUCGGAAUCACGGUGGAUUUGCGCAAGAUUAGCUUCCGCAUACGCACGGACGAGCUGGCACGUGAUAGUGUCGUUUGUGAUUCAACACUUCGCGUGAACGACGAACCGAUGGAGAACUGGCGCUUUGAGGAGUCAUUAAUCGAUCGUGAUCACUGUGUGGCCGUGUCGCUCGCAAACGUCCCCGCUCCGGCAGAUCAGGGUGGCAAUUGUUUCGAGCUGAUAGAUUUUAACUCGCUUGUUGAGGGCUACCGGCCCUUGUUGGCCAUCGACGAGAACUACUGUGAGGGUAUUAUAAGCAAGGAGUACAAGACAACGAAAUAGGUCAACGUCGAACGCGGGGAGGUUCACUGGUGUCGGGAAUGAGGGUUUUCGUGGAAAGGUGGCCAAAAACCCAACGGAGACAGCCAUUUGCUAGCGUAUAUUCGUAUGGUAAUUUGUUUUAG